GUCACAUCCGCAGGUCUUAUGCAACAAGUCCGAUAGGUAUUGAUCCUAGGAGUCUACCCUUCAAGUCAGUCAACACAGAUGCCGAAGACAGUACGGAACUCGUUCCUCCUGCAGCUGCAGCCGGAAAUAUCCUCCGGUAGACUAAUUAAUAGGCGGAAGUUUGUUCUUCCUUCAUUGGCUUGCCUGCCAUCAUGAUGCAGUUAUCGGUCGGAUUUCGCCGCGAGAUUCUUGGAGCCCCACCCUGGUCACCUGGAUUGGUACAAUUUCCAACACAAUGACCUAUAUAAUAAUACGCACCAAACUAAAAACUGUACAUACAUCUCCGUACUAAUCCCUCAGCUUGACUAUAGACUCUCAAUGUCUGGCAUCCCUUCGGAUACUGGCGCUUUAAUGUCAGCAGUGCUAGAAGGCAUUUUAUAUGGCUUUUCAGUCCUCAUGUUCACGGGUACCAUUUGGGCUUUGACAUACAAGCGUAGCUUGCAGGAUAUCAAUCGGCCAAUCGCUGUAGUCGCCGUCCUGCUAUUGUUAGUGAGCACCGUCCACAUGAUCGUUACUAUCAUUCGCGUCGAAAAUGGAUUCGUGAAGUAUCGCGAUACAUGGCCAGGCGGGCCCGCGGCAUUUUUCGCAGACAUAACCGAAGAAACAUACGUGAUCAAGCAUGCGUUAUACAUCUUCCAGACCGUACUUGCUGAUGGCGUGAUGGUUUAUCGCUGCUAUAUUGUUUGGCAAUCCGCCCGGAUUGCGAUCAUACCAGGCAUACUGUGGUGUGCCAUCGUAGUGACUGGUGUUCAUGCGGUCUACAGUGUUUCGCAAGCCAGCAGUAACCCCGGAGACGUAUUCGCCUCACAGCUUACGAAGUGGAUUACGGCAUUCUUUGCCUCGACUAUUACGACCAAUCUGUUGUGUUCAGGAUUACUGGCGUAUCGUAUAUGGACGAUCGAACGCGAGGUUGCUAAAGUGCGUACAUCGAAGAGAGGUACCAUGAUUCCAAUAGUACGCAUACUCGUGGACGCCGCCGUUUUGUACUCUGUGGUGCUCUUCAGCCUACUAAUCUGUUUCCUCUCCGGGAACAACGGAGAGUCUGUUUUGACAGACCUGGUCAUGCCGAUCAUAUCGAUUGCCUUCUACAUGGUGCUCAUUCGUAUAACACUCAAUCGAAAAAAUCGCAGCUACAUCUCAACUGUCUUCUCGACUGUCCCUAGAGGGACAAUAGGCUCAGAUGGGACGACACAGGAGACCUUGCAGGAUUAUCCUAUGAAGCCCUUGCAGGUCCAUAUAUCAAAAUAUACCCAAAAUGACGGUCCCUCAGCGUACAGGGUACGGAGCGACCAGCCAUCGACAGGCAAGGUGGAGUCUCUUGGAAGGGUAUCUUUAGAUAUGUAACGACACGGAGAUAAGCACACCGCAGACAGCGGCUGAUGCCAAGCACCCACCGGCUGGCUGCGGCGCAGUGCCGGUUGAGCUCAGGUCGGGGUUCACACAUGGGAGUACCGCAAAUUACUUCCGCGGAAUCAACUAUUCGGUCCUUACGUAUGGCAAUGUAGAUAUGUCGUGAUGUUCCCCAGAGUUUCUUGAUUGUACUUCUAACUUUACAUGUCUUCACACUUGUGUACAACUCUCGUUCUCACAUCUUGGCAUUUCAUUGUACUUCUAAUGACCUGUUGCUAUGAAGCGACUGAAAUAUAUUCGAAC